UUGACUGUUUAGUGCCUAGGCUCUAUACAAACCGCACAUUAGGGAUUACACGUUCGUAUCUCCUGUAAAAUCACUUGCUUAACUCAGGAAACUGAAAAGAUCAAAAGGGUCAAUCAGAAUUGGCCUUUGAAUGCAGUUCUAGGUUCUAAGAUGCCUUCACUGUAAAUCCAUUAUUCGAGGAACACAGAGCACAGUGAAUCUCUGGUUUGGGGUUUUUUCAUGGAGAACCAUGGAAGCUCCUUCAAUCCUCACAAGCACCUCAAGGAAGAAUUCGUUAGUAAUUUGACUGGUUCUUCCAUGGUUGAGAUCGCAGCUUUAUCUGCAAUUGUACCAGCCUUAGUUCUACUGCGGCAGUGGAGUGCUUACAAAUUUCAAGAUCUCUUGUUUGCCACCAAUAUUAGGCAGAAAAAGUCUGGUGUAGUUUCCGUAAGUGCAAAUUGGAGCAACUGCAUGGUUGAAUUGACCAUGGAUUUUCUUUGGAUCAUAGUUCCAACCCUCUCCAUUUUCACAGUCCUAGCUGACUGGACGAAUGUUUGUGCUGUUUGCUUGGUACUUCUGCUUGUCCUCUGUAUUGUACUGGAAAGAUUCUGGAUUUCCACCUCUAGUUAUUCCAAGGAUGGGAGCAAGCCUGUGGCAUCUCUAAGGGGAAAUCUUUCAUCAUACCGAGUUUCCAUGAUGCUUGUGACCUGCUUGUGCAUAUUGGCGGUUGAUUUCAAAAUAUUCCCCAGAAGAUAUGGUAAAACUGAGCGUUAUGGCACUGGUCUGAUGGAUCUUGGGGUUGGAUCUUUUGUAGUGGCAAAUGCAUUAGUGUCAAGACAAGCACGGAAAGCUCCUUCAACGAAGCAUGGUGCUGCAUUUCAAUCUGUAAGUCCUCUUAUCUUGCUAGGAUUUGCUCGGGUUCUGCUUACAAGGGCUGUUGAUUAUCAGGUUCAUGUGGGGGAGUAUGGUGUGCACUGGAAUUUCUUUUUCACACUUGCUGCUGUAUCAUUAUUAACUAACUUUAUUAAUAUUGAUCCUCAGUAUUCUGGAAUCCUUGGUGCAUUAAUUUUACUUGUGUACCAGUUGGUCUUGAAGGGUGGGUUGAAUGCAUACCUGCUUUCAAAUGAGAGAGACUUGGACCUCGUCAGCCUUAAUAAAGAGGGAAUUUUUAGUUUGUUUGGAUACUGGGGUAUGUAUCUCGUUGGUGUAGGCUUAGGGUACCAGCUGUUCUUUGCAAAGAAUUCAACCACUCAUGACACGGGAAAAUGCCAAAAGAAGCCACUAAUCGGGGUUUGGUUCUGUUCGAUUUUCUUUUGGCUAACGACAAUUUUUCUAGACAAGCAUGUGGAGAAUGUUUCUCGUCGAAUGUGCAAUUUAGCUUAUGUUACAUUUGUAUUGGCGCAAAAUUUCCAGGUUCUAGCGAUUUUGAUGCUGUCUAACUUUAUCCCCGAACGAAAAUUGCUUAGCCUAGAAGAAGCAUUUGAUCAAAAUUUGCUAGCAGCAUUUCUGCUGGCAAAUGUUCUCACCGGGUUGAUAAAUGUGUAUGUUGAUACUCUAUUUGUUUCAUCAACAGCAGCUUUUAGCAUUUUGAUUGGAUAUGCCGUGGCUUUGAGUUUUUUUCUUGGAUGUGCUAAGUUUUUCAACGUUAAAUUUAAAUUUUGGUGAACUAUAAUAUACUGAUUGUUAAUUUGAGGCAACAAGAUUAGAGGCCACCAUCAGACCUGAACAUGUACUACCGAUUGAUGUUGUCAAUUGUUUGUCUACUUUUUUUUAGCCCUCUCAUGGUGUUUAUGUCACUCUGGAAACCAUUGCUUGAGUUCCCAAA